AUGCCGCGCUCGCUACACAUCGACGUGCCGCCACUGUCACCGGCAUCGACCAGGUCGUGCAGCUCCCUCCCCUCACCCAAUCUCAACAGCCCUAUCGCCUUUGACAGCGAGGACGAGCUUGAGCUUGCCGAUGUGUUCCCCGACGUGGCCCUCUCCUACUCCAAUGCGCACCACGCCCUCGCCCUCUCUCGCUCCAUCCCUGCCCGCCCAUCGAAUCCCUUGUCCGUCCCCCCAAAACCAAAGUUGAGCUCGUUGGAGAGCCGCAUCACUGCCCCCAACCCCAACUCGGCCGACUCGGAUGGCCUAAAACACGCAGGCGCAGGCGCAGGCGCAAUCAGGCCAGAAUACAUGACCAUGACGCCGCACCUGCCGUCCCAGAGACACUCUAGCGUCGAGGCGUCUAAAUCACGCAGCCUGCCAACAGAUACCCCAAUCCGCACCAUGUCCUCGCGCGACCGCAAACUAGGACACACGCGUUCGCCCAGUGGGGGACGCGCGCCGCUGCGCCUCCAGCCAUCGUAUCCGCGGCCUGGGUCGACCAUAGCCUUCGCCCACGCCCCUCUUCCCGCCCCCAUACCGCCCAGCCUCAUUCGGCGGUGGAGCUCGAGCUCAUGUUCCCCGCCGCCAAACUACCGCAUCUCGACAUCGCCGACAAAGUCACCAAACACAUCUCCAAAGACGUCCCCGAAAACGAAAACAUCCUCACGACGUUGCGGAGCAUGA